GAUGGCGGUUGAAAUUUAAAAUUGUUGCGUCGUUAGAUGGUUGUUUGUGGAUUAGCAAGCGGUAUGGCUGCGUCACUUGUUGCUCAAUAUGAUGAUUUAAUAAGGUGCACUAAUGUGAUAACAGGAGGAGGCUGUGAGCCAGAGUUCAUCAAAUUUGUGUUAAACCAAGAAGAAUGUCGGAAACGAUGGCUGGCAUCGGAACAAGAAUGCAAACGUCUUCGCUUAGAAUUGGAAAAGCUGAACGCAGUGAAGGAGAACCUAGAGAUGAAUUUAAGCAUGGCUCGCCGAAUUGUUGACAUGGAAAAGAAAAAGCGACGCCAAGCGGAAGAAGAGCGGGACUCAUUGGAGAAGCAGAUUGGUCUGGUGAGAGAGGUAGUAUUCAUAGAAAACAGAAUAAAUGAUGAAACAAAGGAAAGACUUGCUUUCUUAAAUAACACUGCCAGCCGCAGUCGUGUCAGCAUAGGGAGACAAGAUGCUAACAUCCUUGAAGCACAGAGACUCAGUGCAAUAAAAGAAGACUGUGAUACUACAGGUUCGCUGCUAUCAGAUUUAAGUUACUCCCGGUCUGAAGAUGACCUUGAUGUGGACGUGGUCCGUACUAUUAGAUCUUGGAGAAAGCAUCGUCCUUCCAUAACUGUAGAUGAGGUGGAAGAUCAUGUGCCAAAGCGCCGUAGAAAAUCAAAUAGGGCUAUUGAGAUUGAUGGUGUGGAGGCAGGACCUGAUGAACACCUUGUUGCGACAACUACUUUCAAAAUGGCGCGUGAUGGUCCCAUAUCUGCAACUUCCAGAAUUGAGGCUGUACCAUCAUCUGAAACCAAAAGCUCUCUUUCAACACCAGUUGUGCCACCUCUAAAAAAUGUUGUAGCAUCAGCUCCACCAAAACCGACAGACUUGUCUUCUGAUACAGAUGAGUCAUUGACACCAAAAGCCAGUCACAAGCAAUCCAUACAACCGAGUCCUCAUGUUGGUGGAUUUAAUUUUGGUGCUGAUAAAAUAAUUAAUAACAGGCCUCAUGCAUUUUGCUCAAAGACAAUUAUUCGCCCAGAGAUGUGUGAACCUUGCAGUAAAAAAAUCAAAUUUGGUAAAAUAGCACUCAAGUGUCGUGACUGCAGAGGAGUUUGCCAUCUGACGUGUAAAGAUAAUCUUCCAUUGCCGUGUGUACCAGUUACGAACACACCUACAGGGAAAGGUUUUAUUGGCUCCAUUGCGGAUUUCGCGCCGCCAACACCACCGAUGAUACCAGCUCUCAUUCUGCAUUGUGUGAAGGAAGUGGAAGCAAGGGGAUUGAAUGAAGUUGGACUCUACCGUGUUCCUGGUUCUGAUAGAGAUGUUCGAAUGCUAAGGGAGAAAUUCUUACGUGCACGAGGUGUCCCAAACCUUUCUGGGGUUGAAAUUCCUGUUAUCUGUGGGACAAUAAAGGAUUUUCUACGUUCAUUGAAGGAACCACUUGUAACCUACUCUCUGUGGCCAGAAUUUAUUCGGACUGUGGAUAUCAAAGAUCUCACAGAAAGAAACUCAGCAUUAUAUCAACUUAUUUCAGAAUUGCCACAGCCCAACAGAGAUACGCUGGCAUUUAUGAUUCUGCACCUUCAAAAAGUCUCAGAGUGUCCAGAGUGCAAAAUGCCUGCAUCAAAUCUUGCCAAGGUAUUUGGUCCUACGUUAAUUGGUUUCUCUUCUCAAGAACCGGAACCAAUGGCAGUGAUGACAGAAUCAAAGCAGCUAGUUCCAGUUGUUGAAAAUUUGAUGAGUUUACCUUCAGAAUACUGGGCACAUUUUGUGAAUAAUAAUUCAACACCAAUUAGUUCUCGAUCUGACACACUUUUUGCUACACCGUCAGCUACAUCUUUAAAAUGGCAGCAUUCAGGUUCUUCAACAAGGAGGUUCUUUAAUACUCAACAUGGAGGCAACAGGCCAUUUGGAGGCAGAAAAUUCUUCACGGACUCGCCCAUGCAGAAGGAGUAGGAGGCAGAAAGAAUAUAGCUCCUUGUUCUGAAAUGUGUAACAAAGUGUACAAACUUUAAUUUUAAUGAACUAAAUUUUAUUACACCAACAGUUGUCAGGAUAUGUUUGUUCAUUCAUUCACACAUCAUGUUCAAUAAAUCUCAUUGUGAAGAACAUUUAUGGAUGUAGAAUUAGUGUCAAGUUACACAUUAACAGGCAGAAGCUGCUGCUACAGGCUGCAUCUGUGAAGUAUUUUGACUACAAAUCACUACUGCUUAAAUAAUCACAUUGAUAACAGUAUUAAUUACUGUCUUGUGACUGUAAAUAUGUAUAUUAGGAGAAAGACAGGCACUUUCAAGAAGGAAGAAAAUCACUCCUCCUCCACCUCGGCUUUUGCUCUUACUGUCGCUUGAAUUACAUAAUUUAAACAAACCGGUCGGGAAGUGUGGUUGAACUUCUGUUUGUACAGUUAGAAGUUAUGCAGUAUGUUGUACAUUUCGAAGGAUGUUGUUAAACUGUGUAAACUCACAUUGUCUAAAUUGCUUUUCACAUCGGAUGGUAAUUUUUAAUUAUAAGAGUUUGCACAGUAAAGUUAAGGCUUAUCAUGUAAAAGUACAAAAUGUACUUACGUGUUCUAGCUGUUUCUCUUACUUCGAUUUGUUGUGUACAUUAUAUUAGUUUUGCUGUGUGUGUAAUAUACAGUAACUCCUGACGAGGUGGAUAACUAGAAAUAACAUUAUAUUGUACAAUAAUAUUAAUUAUGUGUAAUAUUGUUGUAAUGCAUUAUUUCCAUUUAAAUCUGAGCAUUGCAUAACCUAUUUGAUCAGAAAUUUAUGUGAGACUACUCACAUUCUAAGUUGAUAAUGAAGUAGCUUGUAGGUAUCUGGGUUGUUACACUUCCAUAAUGUACCCACACCUGUGUAUGAUUUGAUGAUACAUCCUUCAAACUACUAAGUCUGAUUUGCUUUCUUAUCAGUAACAUCAAUUCUGAGCCAAGUUUCAUAAAUUCCUGUGUAGUAACUGAAGAGUUACUGCAAAUUUUUGUGUUGAAAUCUACCAGUGAAUUGUGCGGUAGAUUUAUUACUUUCCCUUGUGUCCAGCAAAAGCCUUAGUUUGAAGUAAUAUUUUUGCCUGGAAUCAUUUCUUCCUACCCUUUAUGUGUAAUGCAUGUAAAAAAGAUCAUUGAUGUUAGUACAUUAGUUACUAUUAUUUAAAAAAUAUUCUGGUAAUUCCGUCCAGACAUUAUUAAUUACACGCUGUAAAAAAGAAAGUU